CGUGGGCCUUGCAUCAGAUAGUAUCGACUGUGCUGUGAGGGAGAUUUAUUCGAUCCGACUUACGGUAUAGUCUACCGUCUGAGUGCGGCAUCAUGAACCCGAUAUUGUGCGACUUUAUUGCCGGUUCCUUUGGCGGAGCCUGCGGUCUACUAGUCGGUCACCCGAUGGACACCAUCAAAGCGUGGCAGCAGAACUCUAACUACGGCAUGGGCAAUGCGAUGUACAACAUCAUCAUACGUAAUAACGGUCUGAAAGGAUUCUACCGUGGCAUGUACUUCCCGCUGCUCUCGAACGGAGCACUGAACUCGGUCGUGUUUGCCGUCUACGGUGCGCAACUACGCUACUUACAGAAACACACACGCUCGGAUCGAUUGCGGAAGGCGUACUGGAGAAAGCACGUGUUCAUUGCUGGAUCGGUGGCUGGUUUGGCGCAAGUGUUUCUAGCCUGUCCGAUCGAAGUCGUCAAGGUUCGACUACAAACACUAUCCUUUAUCGGACACCCAUGGGCCUGCUUGAAGGACAUCUUUCGCCGCGAAGGCAUGGCCGGGAUCUAUCGCGGUAUUACGCCGAUGAUGUUCCGUGACGUUUUCCCGUAUGGCGUGUAUAUGUACGUGUACGAGUAUAUGCUGGAAAUCGAGCGACGAUUGCACCGCUUGAAUAACGAGCGGGCGGCGGGAGCAUCGAUUGGAGGCGCACUACAGGCAUCACUCAUUGCGACCGCCGGGGCCGUGGCCGGUAUUGCUUCAUGGCUAUUCAUCGUACCCUUCGAUGUAGUAAAAACCGUUAUGCAGGCGGAAACGGAUCCCACCGUCCACAAGAGCAUGAUGCACUGUUUCCGAUCUUUAAUCAAGAAACAUGGCUGGCGUUCGUUGUUCCGCGGGAGCUUGGUGAUCAUCGCCAGAGCCGCUCCAGUCAAUUCAGCUACCUUCCUGGGAUACGAGUACUGCUUGGAAAAGUGCCACAAAGUGCUCGGUGAAACGUGAAUAAGAAAUCAUCAGAAUGGAGUGACUCGGAAGAAGGUUUCAUUAUCAUACAAUAUAUAGAUUAUAACAUGAUAUUAUUCUUAUAUAAAUAAACGACAAAACAACCGUUAAACUUAAAGUCGAAUCCUCGA